AUGUCACCCCCCGAGGGGACCCCGAGUCCGUUUGCCCCUCCCGCCGCUCCCUCCGCACCGCGGCUCCUCCCGGACGGACAUCGUCCCCGGCGGUCCGGGCCCGGGGGGGGGCGGCGGGCGAGUGGUCCCGGUGCUGGCGGCGUUGCUCGGCCUCGGCACGGCGCUGAGCUAUGGAGAACGGCGGCGGAGGGUGAGCGCGCACCGGGUGGGGAGUGGAGGGGGGGGCACCGGGAAGGAGGUGGGUCCGGGUUAUCCUCGCUGACGAGGCCGAGGCCCCCCUUCUUCCUCCUCCCCCCCCAGGCCGCUCACGCCGCCGCCGCCGCCCCGUCGUACCCCCGGUACACGCGGGAGGAGGUGGGGCGGCACCGGAGCCCCGAGGAGCGCGUCUGGGUGACCCACGGCACCGACGUGUUCGACGUCACCGACUUCGUGGAGCUGCACCCGGGGGGACCCGACAAAAUCCUGCUGGCGGCCGGUGGGGCCCUGGAGCCCUUCUGGGCACUGUAUGCGGUGCACGGAGAACCGCACGUCCUGGAGCUGCUGCAGCAGUACAAGGUGGGCGAGCUCAGCCCCGACGAGGCACCGCCGGCCCCCGACGCCCAGGACCCCUUCGCCGGGGACCCCCCCCGGCACCCCGGGCUGCGGGUCAACAGCCAGAAGCCCUUCAACGCGGAGCCGCCGGCCGAGCUGCUGGCCGAGCGCUUCCUGACGCCCAACGAGCUUUUCUUCACCCGCAACCACCUCCCGGUACCGGUGGUGGAGCCCAGCUCCUACCGGCUGCGGGUGGACGGUCCCGGCGGCCGCACGCUGUCGCUGUCUCUGGACGAGCUGCGGAGCCGCUUCCCCAAACACGAAGUGACGGCGACCCUGCAGUGCGCCGGGAACCGCCGCGCCGAGAUGAGCCACGUGCGGCCCGUCAAAGGGCUGCCGUGGGACAUCGGCGCCAUCAGCACGGCGCGGUGGGGCGGAGCGAGGCUGCGGGACGUCCUGCUGCACGCCGGCUUCCCCGAGGAGCGCCAGGGCGAGUGGCAUGUCUGCUUCGAAGGCUUGGACGCCGACCCCGGGGGGGCUCCGUACGGAGCGUCCAUCCCCUACGGCCGCGCGCUCAGCCCCGCCGCUGACGUGCUGCUGGCGUACGAGAUGAACGGCGCCGAGCUGCCCCGCGACCACGGCUUCCCGCUCCGCGUCGUGGUGCCCGGCGUGGUGGGCGCGCGCAGCGUCAAAUGGCUGCGACGCGUGGCCGUGAGCCCGGCCGAGAGCCCCAGCCACUGGCAGCAGAACGACUACAAGGGCUUCUCCCCCUGCGUGGAUUGGGACACGGUGGAUUACCGCACGGCGCCCGCCAUCCAGGAGCUGCCGGUGCAAUCGGCCGUCACUCAGCCGCGGCCCGGAGCCGCGGUGCCGCCGGGGGAGCUGACGGUGAAGGGUUACGCGUGGAGCGGCGGGGGGCGCGAGGUGGUGCGCGUGGACGUGUCGCUGGACGGCGGGCGCACGUGGAAGGUGGCGCGGCUGGCGGGAGAGAAGGCUCCGCUGGGCCGGGCGUGGGCAUGGGCGCUGUGGGAGCUGACGGUGCCGGUGGCGGCGGGGACGGAGCUGGAGAUCGUCUGCAAAGCGGUGGACAGCAGCUACAACGUGCAGCCCGACAGCGUGGCGCCCAUCUGGAACCUGCGCGGGGUGCUGAGCACCGCCUGGCACCGCGUCCGUGUGUCUGUGCAGGACUGACGGCCGCCCCCAAGGCUCUGUCACCCCGCGGCAAUGUCAUCCCGCAGCAUUGUCACCCCCACGGCUCUGUCGCCCCAUGGCCCGCCCUGGAUGCGGCCGUGCCGCUGCUGGCACGAAGGUCGCUGCUUUACGGCCCCUGAAAGUGAGAGGUGUGAAAGCAGCUCCAUAAAGAUUGCGCAGCUUU